AUGCCACCCGAAAAGGAUGAAACAUCUUUGCGUGCUAAAGGGAGUGAAGUAGGCAAGGCACCACUGCUCAACGCAGGGACCUUCCACCUGUCGAGGGCCUUCAACCAUCGUCCGUGCUCGUUCGGACACUCCAUCAUGCAGUUCGGCAUGGAGUCUGUCCACAUCGCAAAGUCUUUGAUUAAGACAAUCCUCCCGUCUGCAAAGGGCAUCGUCGCAUUCUGGAGUCGCACUUCAAAACGCCACGCGACAAGCACGGGCAAAUCAGCGGCAGCUGUUCCAAGCGGAAGCUGUUGCUGCUGUGAGGCGAUUAAGGCGCAAGGCCUCCUGAAACCAUAUGCGUCUGAAGCGGGAAUGCGUAACCUACAAAUUGAUCUGUUGAGGUUGCCUGGCAGUCGUCAGAUGCGCGAUCUCGUCAACCUCCUUGGGCCAUGUCCGGAGGCGCUCUGA